AUGCUCAGGAAGUUGGCGGUGGCGGCAACGGUCGAGGGUUACAUAAUGGUUGCGUUUCCAGCUGAGGCGAAACGGUGGUGUUUGAUGCGCAACAGCAAUAUCUGCAUCGUUGCGUGUGUGCUGUGUGCCGUGGCAUUGCAAGUCUACUACCUGCUUUGCCGUAAGGUGGAGGCGGUGGUGUGUUCAGACGACACGUUCUACUAUUUGCUGGCGAUCGGCGACCAGGCGUACGAAAUGUCCUACUACUGGGCGCAGUCACUGUCCACACUGCUCGUACCGAUGUUCACCAUGAUCACGCUCACUCUCAUGAUCUAUUACCUGCUGUUUUGGGCGAGACCAACGUUCCAGCAAAGCAGCGAGCAGAAGUUGUGCGUGGCGAGACCAAGUUUAGCGACCACGGCUUGCCAUUUGAUUUUCGAGAUGCCUCACGUAGCCAACUUCAUGAUACUAUCCAUCGACGAGGCGGUCGUAUACCAGUGGCGAAAAAGUUCCACGUGGCAGACGUUUGCCGCCACCGCCAACUAAUA